GUUUUUAAAUAUUCAUGUACGUGACUCGCCUGUGCAAACAUCGGACAGUCAACAACGCUUAGUUUAGUCCACUCGCAGUUUUCAUUCGUCACACAAGGAGUAAAUCUUUGGUUUUUGAGAGAUUAAAGUCAAGAUGGCAGAAACAGGAGUUGCCUUCUCUGGAGGUGGUAUCCGUUCAGCGGCCCUAUGCUCUGGUGUUCUGCGCAGGCUUUUACAGCGCAACGCCAAGAUCGACUACCUAAGCUGCGUGUCGGGGGGAGGUUACACAGGCACGGCCUACCUGGACUGGAAAUACAGACAUGGAAAGAAAGACGAUCCAAAAUGGCACACAGAGUUCUUUGAUCACAUGAGAGAGAGGGCUGGAUUAAUGUGCAACUGGCAGAAAACACUGAGCGGAAUGUUUGACACCAUAGUGCUGCUUUUUUUAAUGCUUUUUGUUUCAGUUAUAAUGCCCACAAUCGUGUGGGGAUCGUACGUUUGCCCCCUUGCUUACGUCAUCGAUUUCAUAUUUGGAGAUCUGCUGCGAGCCGAGGACGAAGAAGAGGAAGAUUGCGAAGAUCGCAGAGCAAGCCCGAGGAGACAAGGGCCAAUUGCAGGAGGAAAUGCCACAGCUGGCGAACGAAGGCCUCGGUGUCCUAUACAGCCUGGAUCUAAGGCCUAUACAAGGGUGGUUCUGUUUUCUGUUCUGGCAAUCCUUUUCAUUGCUCUCUAUUUGGCCGCAAAAAGAUCAAAAACUGCUUUGUCAUCAAAGCUUUUCAUCGUCUCUGCCAUUAGCGGUCUACUAUUUGCCUUCACGUUUAUUCCGUUCUUUAUUUAUUACUUCUUUAACUUGACUCCUGCUUGGAUGCAACUCAUAAUCUUUGUAUUUUCUAUUUUUGUAUGGUUUUUCUUCCCGGUUCUUAGAGGCAGAUCGUCCCUAGUUCUAGUAAUUUAUCUCUAUGCUUACUUCGUGUAUUGGAAGGUUUUUGAAGCCACUGUAUUUGGUGUGGAGUACUCUGAUCAUCGUUUCUAUUCACUCCUCUUUACUUCUGGCAUCGCUCUGUAUUUUGUCCCAGCCUUAGGAGCUAUUCAGCAGCGACUCGUUCAUGUCUUCAACAGGUGGAAGCUGCAGAAAGCUUUCUACACAAACGCCAGUGUGGGUUUAUCAGGAUGCGGCGGAAUUGGUAUGGAUGACCUUGUUUUAAGAACCUUUUUCACCAGGCCGAGUAAGCACGAGCAACUUGCUGAUAAUGAGCAAGGACCUUUGACCCUUGGUGACCUGGAAGGAAUCAAACCGCAGUACUUGUCGAACAUUGUUGUUAAUGAAUGGCUCAUCGGUGAGAGAGAGGAAGAGUUGAAAUACGAACUUCUAGUGAUGUCGCCAACAGAGAUAGAACGCUUGGAUAGACGACCAGGACAAGAUCAGUUCGAAGGAAAACUUGAACCUCAAGACAUUAAGCUGUCGACCGCCAUGGCAACAUCCGCUGCUGCAGUUGCUCGACACAUGGGCGCCUAUCAAAAGUCAACAGAGAGCAUUAAGCAAUUGCAAAUCGUGUUGGGUCUCGGUAUGGGUGCAUCCAUGAUUUCGGACUGGGAAGGUGCAAUGAAAGAAAACUGUUGUUGGAGGAUGCUACCCAUUCUUGUCGAGGUUCUGCGAGGUCUCCCCCUGGUAACCUUUCCACUUGUAUACUUUGCGGGGGGUAGCGAGACGUGGGUCGCCAUUGGCGUUUUGAUUUUCUUCAUCGUGCUUCUAGUGUUCGUAUUUUUUGCUGUGAUGAAGACUGGACGUCAAAACCCAAACAAACUCGAACUGGUAGCAAGAUGGUUCAUCACCAAUAUCCCGUUCGUCCGCUUUAUUCGUGAAUUGUUGGUUGUUGCCAACGAAGGCCCCAUGCCCCCUCCUAUCUUACGCUUAAGUGAUGGCGGCCACAUCGAAAAUCUUGCCAUUCUUCCUCUCCUAAAGAAACGCUUACCCAAGAUUGUUGUUGUGGAUGGUGGCCACAAGACUAAUGACAUAGAAUGGGGAGAAAGCUUACUAGACGCCUUGGAGUUGGCUCGUAAAAAGCUGCACUGUUCCUUUAAUGGCAUGGAUGGCCGUGACAUUAUUGAAGAUCUAAAGGAGAAUUUUAUUUAUACACCAAAGGGUCACCAGCCAAGGAGCUACAGGUUUAAAGUUACUUACUAUGAAAAAGAAGACGAAUACUCAAAGGGAACCAAAGUUGGCGAGGGUGAAAUUCUCCUCAUUUCCCCAAGACAUCCUGUUAAAGGUGUUCGGAAAGAAGAACCAGUGCCAUGGAAGGACGCUCUACGUGACAUAGACGUAGAUCUCGAAGCGGCUAAAUGGGGAGAGAGUCCUCAGCAAGAUGCCGAUGAAGUCGACGAUUUAACCUUUUGUUGCUGUGAGAGCUGUCAUAGCUUCAAGUGCCAAAAGUUGUCGAAUUACCUAUGCGGUGUCUUCCCACAACACAUCACGGCCAAUCAGUUUUUCACUCCCCGCAUGUUCGCUGCGUACCAUCGAGAAGGAUACAACGGAUGCGUAGAGGCUGAAGCCGCUGAAUUCCUGGCUGCUGACAUCCAGAUCGAGGUGACAGAUACGGCUUAACUUCAAAUAAGAAUCCGAUAAAGCCGGCAGUCACUUAAAGAGUAGUUAAUAGUUAAGAUUUUUUUUGUAAGGGAGGAUAUCUCGUUUGACUAUGUCUUAUAGACCGUUUGAAUUUUGAACGUUGACGAUGUUCCUGUCUAAAUUGAAGGCUACCCUUUUUAAUGGGGGCCAGGAUGCAAAUGUGAUCCGGUUCUUAUUACAAAGUAUGAAGGUUUGGCGUAGUAACUGUUAAAGAGCGAGAUAUCAUCUCUUAACAGGACUGAAGAUAUUUAGAAAACUAUGGGAAGACAAAAUAAAAACCAUAAAACUACGUUCUCUUGAUUAAACUAAUAGAGCCGCUGAUCAUUACGAAGUUUGGUCGUUGUUUUUAUUAGCAAAAGUGCGUUGUACGCGCAACAACCCAAUCAGAGUUAUCAAGAUCUAAUUAAUUGCCUUACUUAAAUUUCGCUUCCAUGGCGAGGCCUUGUAGUUCAGUUUUGCUCUCCUCAAUAAGAUAAUACCGAGGGGAUGGACUGUAAGCGUUGUACAUAUGAUCGCAAGGUAAAACAUCCGCCUCAUUCAGCAUUGACAUAAAACUCUAUUACACGUGGAGGCAAUUUUGAAAAGUCCUCAGUGUCAGUUCCUAAAGGUAAUAUCUAUCGAUCCUUGGUGUUCAGUUUACCUCGCGAUGGUCUAUUCCGUUUAGAGAAACUUUCAAGUUGCUAAGUUCCGAUCUGUGUUAAUUAUUCAAGCUGCUUCAUACAAACUGGUAUUUUCAGGGUUAUAUUCUAUUUAGCUAAAAUUGUAUCAUGACACCAGUAUCGCUAAACUAAGAAUCGCAUGAAAAUACCGAUGGAGUGAAAAUUAUUUCAAAAUAAAGGUGUGGUUGAGCUA